GGCCAGUACAUCCGCUCCCUGGACCCUGGGUCUCCAGCCCGACCACGCCGGGCUCAGACCACAGGACAGACUCAUAGAGGUGAAUGGGGUGAACGUGGAGGGCAUGCGUCAUGCGGAGGUCGUGGCCUUCAUAAAGAGAGGAGGAGAUGAGACCAGGCUGCUGGUGGUGGACCCUGACACAGACCAUCACUUUAAGAAGAUGGGUGUCACCCCAUUGGCCAGCCACGUUAAAGACUUUGACGGUCCGUCCAUAUCCAACGGCUCCCCCAGUCCUCAGAUCAACGGCAGCUUCACCAGCAGCUCCAUCCAGUCACACCACUCUGACCUGAGCAGUCCAGACAACAGCCUGCAGCUGGGAGAGGACGAGGCGAGCCGUCUGAUGGACCCGUUUGCUGAGAUCGGCCUGCUCCUGAGUCCCACUGCGGCUGAGGCCAAAGAGAAGGCCCACGCCAAGAGAGCCAAGAAGAGAGCCCCUCAGAUGGACUGGGACAAAAAACACCAGCUCUUCAGCAACUUCUGAACUUUUCUGCCACCCAAUGAGAGAAGCAGAAAGACUGUCGAAUUUGACAUAUCUGAAACUUACCUUCAACAUUCCUACCCGUUACCCCACCACCACCCUACCACCACCACCACCACCACCCC